AUGACAGUGUUAUUACCAGCUGACUCUCUUGGGGAUGGAUCUUUGGUAUCUAGAUCUCAUCAGGCUUUGUGGCUUUUGCGUGCAACUUCUAGUUCAUCUUAUAAAACUUCACAGUGCUUUUGUCUGAUUCCUCAUAGAAUCGGUAGUUCAAACUCCAGUUUUUUACGCAUUUAUGAAGCUGGAAACACUAAGCAAAAUUUCCCUCGAAAUAAAGGAUUUUCACAGAAUGCUGGUCGGAAAUCACCUGGAAGUAGUUUUCUCAUAUUGUUGUUGCUGGUGAUAGCUGCUGGUGGAGGUGCUGCAUACUACUGGUAUUUCGAAAACGACAAGAAAAAAGAUGGGCAUAAAACAGAUGUUAUCCUAAAAGCAGCUACAUCGCCGGUAUCGACACCCAAGGUUCUUGAACAGACAGGAAGCCAGGAAAAAGAACCAAUAUUCCAAAGAACACAGCCUGGAACCAUAGAAAAGAUGUUGAAGACAUCUUUGCAGUCUGCUAUUGAAAAAGUGCAUUCAGCAACGGAAGCAAAAUACAGAACAAUCGAUGCUAUAAACGAGCAUACGCGUGUGAUGAAACGAACGAUUGAUGAAGGCGAAGUUAGCUAUGGUUUUGAUUUACAGAAAGGAGAUUGGACGCAAGUAACAAGUGCACUCCAAAAAGUUGAUAGAGCUUCGGAUAAUGAUGCCAAGGAAGAGAAUGAUGCGAGAAAUUAUUUAGAUAACGUCAGGAAGGUGAUCGAACAAGGAGAAGCAACCGAACCGACUCGCAAUAAUCCUUUACUGCAAAAUGCUCGUGAAACUGUUCAUAAACUUGAUCGGCAGCUUCAGGAAAUGAAUUUGCUGAUCAAGAAAACUUGUGAUGAAGGACGUAUUCUCAGUGAAUACAAAGAUUUGAUCGAUAAAAGCCGGAAGCAGUUUGCAUCGGAGUUGAAAUCAGUUCUUCCUAAUGUUGAUAUCCAUGCGCAAGAUUCUAAGUUAAAUGAAGAGGAAUUGAACGCAUUAAUUGCACAUGCACAUUUGAAAGUGGAUCAGUUAAGGAAACAACUUGCUGAACAGCAAGUUCGCGAAGGACAGAAUAUUGCAUGUGCUUUAGAAGAACAAAAAAAAUCUCAAAGUAAACUAACCGAGGAGGAAAUAAAUCUAAAGGUGCAAAAACUUCGUGAAGAAAUCCAAUCGGAAGCUGAGAAAAUGCUCUCCACACAAAGAGAACUUUGGGAAGCUGAACUUGAAGAAAAACUGCAAAGAGCAGCUGCUGCUCAUUCAGAACAUAUUGAAGAAGUUGUGCGUGUGCAAAGAAGUCUUUUUGAAAUUGAAGAGAAACAGAAGAUUGAAGAAGCGAUUGUCGAGGAGCGUUCUCAACUUAGCAAAGAGUUAGCAGUUGCACAAGGUAGACUAGAGGGGAUCGAAACUGCUUUGAGGUCACGAACUUCACAGGAUGUCGAAAAUCGCCGUGCUAAACAAAUAUGGAUAGCAUCUCAUAAUUUGAUCGAUUCUGUCAUACAUGGAGAGAGAAGUGGUACUGAUGAUGAUGCACGUCGUAAACCCCUGGCAACUGAGCUUCAAAUGAUUCGAGAAGCUGAUAGUAAUGAUGAAUUUGUGGCGUGUCUGGUUAAUGCACUUCCAGAUGAAACAAUAUAUAAUGGUGUAUAUACUGAAGAAGAUUUGAAGACAAGAUUCAGUAAGUUAUAUAAGAUUUGUCGCCGAGUGGCUAAAAUGGAUGAAAACAAUGUUGGGGUAUUACAGUAUGGUUUGUCGUACUUGCAGGAUGUGAUGUCCCUCGAUCCUCCUGGGAAAUUCCCAAAAAUGGAAAAAUUUGAUCCGAUGACAUUAGAUUCAUAUGAAAUACUAUCAAGAGCAAAAAGUUUUGUCGCAGAAGGAGAUCUGAAUUCGGCGGUACGGAUUUUACAACUUUUGACCGGUCCAGCAAGAUUUGUAGCACGUGAUUGGAUAAAUGAUGUGCGAGCACACCUUGAAGCACGCUUCAUUGCUGAAUUACUUGUUGUACAUGCCGCUGUCAAUAAUUAUUCAUCCAUAUAUUAA